CAGUUACUAACACGGAGUAACCAAGAUGGAACAACUGGAAAUCACUAUUCUUGUUCUUGUGAUUUGUAUCACUUGCCUGGUUUUUCUUUUCAUGUGGAAGAAAGGUCACAAAGGUUUGGGAAAGCUCCCUCCUGGUCCAACUCCCCUUCCCAUCAUUGGGAAUCUGAUGCAACUAAACCUCAAGGACAUCCCUGCAUCUCUCUCCAAGUUGGCCAAACAAUAUGGCCCUGUUUACACUCUGUACCUUGGAUCCCAGACCACUGUGGUCUUACAUGGAUAUGAGGCGGUGAAAGAAGCUCUAAUUGAUCAAGGUGAUGAAUUCCUUGGCAGAGGACCUAUUCCUAUUAUUGACGAUACCCAGAGAGGAUAUGGUAUGUUUCAAAAUACAACUCAGCCCUUUAACCCUGCUGUCACCCUGUCCUGUGCUACCUGCAACGUGAUCUGCUCCAUCCUCUUCAAUGAACGUUUCCACUACAACGAUAAGACCUUUCUCUCCCUGCUGGAUUCAUUAAAUAAAAAUUUCAAUCGAGUAAGCUGUCUCUGGAACCAGAUUUAUAAUCUAUGGCCAAAACUCAUAAAGCCUCUCCCUGGAGAGCACAGAGCAUUUUCAAAAAGGCUUAAGGAUGUUCACUACUUUGUUCUGGAAAAAGUGAAGGAGCAUCAAAAGUCCCUGGAUCAUAAUAACACUCGAGACUACAUUGACUGUUUCCUCAGCAGGAUGGAGCAGGAGAAAGAGAACCCAGAGUCUGAAUUUCACUUGGAAAACUUAGCAACCUGUGGAUCAAAUCUGUUUUCAGCAGGAGUAGAGACAACCACUGCCACCCUGAGCUAUGCGUUCCUGCUCCUAAUGAAAUACCCUGAGGUUCAAGCCAAAGUUCAUGAAGAAAUUGACCAUGUGAUUGGACGCACCCGAAGUCCCUGCAUGAAGGACAAGAUGAAGCUGCCCUAUACAGAGGCUGUGUUGCAUGAGAUACAAAGAUACAUCACCCUCAUUCCUUCUAACUUAGCCCAUGCUGUGGUCCGGGACACGAAAUUCAGACAAUAUGUCAUCCCCAAGGGUACUGUUGUAUUGCCGUUACUGUCUUCCAUCUUGUACGACUGCAAGGAGUUUCCUAACCCAGAGAAGUUUGACCCAGGCCAUUUUUUGGAUAAAAAUGGCAGCUUCAGGAAAACAAAAUACUUCGUGGCUUUUUCCAUUGGGAAACGGGCCUGUAUUGGAGAGGGCCUGGCCCAAAUGGAGCUGUUCCUGUUCUUAACCACCAUUCUGCAAAAUUUUGUCCUGAAACCCCUGGGUGAGACAAAGGACAUAGAGACCAAACCUGUUGUUACCGGACUGAUCAACAUGCCACCACCCUUCAAGCUAUGCCUUAUCCCCAGAUGAAAGAAGAGCUUUUCUCUUUUAACAAUUUAAAUAAAAGUAAUAGCUUUUUCUUCUCACUACUUCUCCCACCCCAAUAGUCUCUUUUCAUUUUAAAUUCUGCCUAGGACAGAAACAUGGGCUUCCCUCAUAGCUCAGUUGGUAAAGAAUCUGCCUGUACUGCAGUACAGAAACACUGCUCACUAAAAGCUUGAUGGACAUUUGUUUAAAUCUAUAAAUUCCUUGAAAUAAGGAGCUGGAUCCUGAAAACUCCAGGGGUAAAAUAAUAUCUUAUACCCUAUAGAAUACUUUAUAAACCAUGAUCCAGCCAAACCAAGCCCAGGCCCACAGAAGGCCUUUAUCAGCAAAUAUUGGAGCCUUCACUUUUUCUGUGCCUUUGGAGAUAGGCUGAUAUUCUAUAAUUUUCGAAAUAGAGAAUAUAAUGGUCAAUGUGUAUUUUUUCCAUUUCCCAUUGAAAGCACUUAGAUGAUUUCUGCCACAUUCACAAAAUAAAUCCUUUCUUUCCACAGCA